ACUAAAUUUGUCACGAAGAAUACAAUGUUUUAGCGAUAAACGUUUGCUUAAACAUUUACUAAAAAUGCGAGUAUUUGUCUCGUUCCAAGAAACGGUUCAUAGCCUGGACGUCGAUGUUAGGGAAACGGUACGUGAUAUUAAGAACGCGUUAAGAGAACGCUUCGGACUUAACUUAAAAAACCAUCGAAACGAAACGGAUCAGUUUGUAUCCUUAGUUUAUCAAGGUUCGAGUCUUCAGGAUAGCUGGGUAUACUCGGAUCUUGGUAUCCCACCGGGGUCCACCCUGGUUUGCUGCGUGGAGAAGCAAGUAGAACCGACCCUGAUUGUACAUUGCAUAAACUACGAUGAAAAGAUUGAAUAUAAGCAGAAUUUUAACGUGUGGGACACAUUGGUCGGGACAUUACGUGGCAUGAUUCAAGAUUCAGCUGGCAUUCCCGUGAGUGCGUUUAGACUAUAUUCAGAAUCUGGCCUAGAACUUUUCGAUUGCCAUCCGUUAAAGGUAUACGGUGUAGAUACAGGCGAUACGGUAACCAUGGAAAUAUGGCGCGACGUUGCGGACACCGUACAUGCGGCGCGGGACAACGAUAUAACGGAUACUUUAGACUCGUUAGCCUCGUUUCAAGACGGACCACAUUUGAUGCGAUAUCAGUUGCAAUUAGGGUUGUUCACCGCGGCACAUUACGGCUAUCAUCAAUUGGCCACACAGUUAAUGAAAUGCGGUGCAAAACCGGACGAACCGGUUGGACAACAUCCGUCACGUGAUUGGUGUCGUGCGUCGGCGCAUGUUGAUCACGUGAAGACACCUGCGCACGAAGCUGCGCAACACGGACGAUUGAAAUGUCUACAACACUUUCUAAUGUUUAACUAUGCUGUAUUAAUUUGCAAAGAUGCGCAUGGCUUAACGCCUUGUAAUAUCGCGCGAAGACACAAACAAACCGAAUGCUUUAAACUCCUGGUCGCAGAACAAUUUAGAAUUCCCAGCGUCCAUCCCGAGCUUAGUAUACACGUGUACUCGCGCGUACGCAAAUGGUGCAACCGCGCAAGAAUGCGGGCGCGGGUACAUAAAGACAAGACAGCGAUGCUCUUACUCACGAAUGCCGAGGUCGCGCAGAAGUGUGCCGUUGUUGGACAAAGAGUCGAAGUGGAUGGCUUUAACGGUUUGGGGAAAAGUGACAGAAAGAUUAAAAGUGCGCCGUCUAGUUUGAAUACAAGUAAUGAGAAAAUUACGGUGGACCCUAAGUCACGUAGUGCAACGUCUCGUGGAAAUCUACCGACUAGCCAAUCUAACACUAGUAAGAAAAAGAUUCACAUCAGCUCUAAGUCGCAUUCUUUUUCUCGUGGGUUAUCCCAUGGAAAUAUACAUCGGUCUAACCAUCAAGUUGGCUUACAGUCUCGUGGGAAGACAGAGUUUAACCCUUCGUCUAACCCAUUACUCCAUAGAAAUGCAGAGUCUGAACACUUGUCUAACCACAGUACAGAAGAGCCAUUUUCUCUAGUCCAAAGGACAAAAUCAGAUGUCUCUUUCCAAGGAAAUUCCAAGGCUUACCAUUCAAAUAAUACAUUCAGUUCAAAUCUACAUGACGCUUCUUAUAUGAACAGAAAAUCGUACUACGACAAAUCUAAACGUCAGAAUUCAAACAUACGACAAAAGAAUCCCGAAUUAUAUGGAAGACCGAAGACAAAAUCAGCUGGACACGCCUACUCUGUAACUGGUCUAAAUGCAACACCCGGCAAAAAAGAGCCGUUGACUUCUUCUUUUGUGACUCCACGCAUGUCUCGCGCGGACCACACGACGUCUCGUGACUCCACGCGUGGAGAACACGACGUUCCCCUCGCUGGGGAAACGCAUCGAGAACCAACAUUAACCGAAUUAGGAGAAUCUGGCAAGAGACCAAAUUCGAGAUAUAUCUGGAAAUCUUUGGAUGAUGUGGUUACGGAUAAUCAGGAGAAUCGUAGGAUUCCGAUGGACAAAAGAAGCCAGACAAGGACGCCUGUAAAUGAUGACCAACGUGAUCCUGUUAAAUCCAAUGAUAGCCCUAAUAACAGUGGCGAAAUUUCAGGGUUUACUGGAAGCACUUUGGGUAACACUGGCGAAAAACAGGAUGGCAGACCCGUUUUUAGUCGGGGCAAGAUCGGAGAAUGCCGUCAAGAAGUUACUUCUAGCAUUAACAGACAAUCUUUGGCUUCCAUUACCCGCGAGGCCUACAAUACCCGAAAAGUGGUAGCGACCUUAAAGUCUGGUGCAACUCGUGAGGACUCGCAUCAGGCUAGCAGUCCAGUUAAACGAAGGUCAGCUGAAUCAAGGGACUUACUUUAUCAAGGUUCUGUAGAGUCGAAUGCUGAAAAGUGUUUAAGGGUAGCAAGUGAGACAUUUCGUAAGAAAAGUUGGUUAGGUCAACUUCAAAUGGCAUUAGUCGUUAAUACCAAUAUGUGUAAACGACGUUAGUAUACUACAUAUAUAGGCCUACAACUUUGUAAAGGUCUUCUUUUUUCGUAUUUAUAAAGAUCAGGCUUUUAGCUGUCAUUUGACACCUUUAUCGAAUCAUUACGAUAAAAAAUGACCAAAUACGAUCUCAUUUAAUUAAAGUGGUCGGUUGAAUUCACAUUUUUCCACCUUUGGGAUUUAAAUGUUCUUCCAAUUUCCGAACAUGUGCCCAUGUGUUUGCUGCCCAUUUGGGAAACUCGAAUGCCAUUCUGAACCUGUCUGCAAGCUUCCAGUGUUGUAAAAUGCUUUAGCCACUCAAUUUCGAUGCGUAAAAUUGCGAGUAAAAGUUUAUCAAAACUUUGAUGCUUAAGCCCUGGGCAAACUAGGAAACAUUGUGUCAUUGUUGCGGAAACAUUUGUGAUUCUCGAUGUUUCCUCAAAUCACAAAUGUUUCCAUGUUUGCCCAUGCACCCGUGGAAACAUUGUUGCGGAAACAAAAUUUGCUUUCUUACCAAAUUCAGAAACAUUUGAUGUUUCCCUAUGUUUCUCAUUAAUGUUUCCUAGUGUUUGCCUACUCUGGGAAACAUGGCGAAACAUUGGCAGGAAACAAUGUUUAAUUCCGCAACAAUGUUUCCUAGUUUGCCCUGUGCUUUACACAUGCGUUGCGCCAUAUUUGCUGAAGGGACUUCAAUUUGAAUCCCAAAUGAGAAUAAUUUCAAUACUCAGACAAUAGCUUUACAUGCAAUUCCCAAUUUGGAAAAAUGUGAUAUCGCUCGGCAUUUUUAAACCGGAUCGUAUUUUGCCAUUUUAAGAUCGCAAUGAUACAAGACUGAAGGUAGUAUUCGAGAGCUAAAAGCCAGAUCUUUAUUGGUAUAUUAAAUUACUAAUUAUUUUCAACAUAUGAUAACUUCUAUAUUAAAUUAACUAAACAAUAUAUUUAGUCUAGACAACUAAUUUAUAAAAACAAGGUCGAGGAAGAAAGCUUUUGCAAAACGAAUCAUAAGAUACCGAACUUCUUAUCCUUUCCGGUAUCUGCAGGGCCGUAGCGACCGGGGUGACCCCCCCCCCCCCCCCAAUAAGUAUAGGUUAUUUUGAGGCAACGAGGGGACAUGCGCAGCGCCGAGGUGAAUAAACACAUAUCCCCGAGGUGCCUCAAAAUAACGUACUUAUUUUUCACACUGCGAGGUCGCGUUAAUGAGUCAGAAAAGAAAUAAUUCUUAAUGCCAUUUUGCCUUCGUGAUGUUGUUUUUUCUCAUUUUUUGUGCUGCAAAGACAUUGCAGGUGAAUAUUAGAGGGGAUUAUUAAUUGCAGGUGAAUAUUAGAGGGAAUUAUUAAACGGAAAUUGAUUAUAGGGGAAUAUUGAAUAUAUUCCCCGACAAGAACAAAGGAAACCGAGCAGGGUGAAAAAUAAUUAUGAAUAAUAUAUUUCAGAAAAAUGUCAGAUAUGUUUGAUUGAAAAUUCAGGUAAUAAUCAUGUCUGAAAUCGGGGAAGAAUUUGCAUUCAAUAUAUGAUUUAGGUUAAUAGUCGGGUAUAAAUUUAGCACUCAGGGCCGAUACUAACAGAUUUGAGAGAAUGGAAAAUAUAGUGGCAGUGAUGCCAACCCCUAUCAUAACUGACCGGUCCCUUAGUUACUAUCCCGAAAUGAUAAUCGCAAGGAUUAGAUGUGGGGUUAGGAUUAAGACACAAGUUUUGCUGCGAUUUCUAGUACGAUUUUCGUCUUCUGAAGCAUGUGAAAGAGUAGAUAAGUUACGAAUGUUCUGAGUAUUCUGAGUAUGUUUACCCUUAUCUGAACAUUCAUAACUCAUCCACUCGUUCACAUUCUGAGUAUGUUUACCCUUAUCUGAACAUUCAUAACUCAUCCACUCGUUCACAUCCAUCAGAAGACGAAAAUCGCGCGCACCCUCUAGGUACCAGAUAUCCGUCAUCAUUCCUGAUGAUGACUAAAGUAUGGUCGGAAGCUUUAAUAUAUUAACAAUGUUUCUUUUCGGUGUUGUCGUUGUUUCGUAUUUUUCACAAUGUUUUAUCCCAAGUAAAAACUACAUCAAUAGAAGCGUUAAAGUUCGUGCAACAAUCCAUUAUUUAACAAUUAUUCGCCGAAGGCGAGGUGACUAUCGGGGAAUAUUCGCCGAGACGAUAUCGAGGUGAAUAUUCCCCGAUAAUCACCGAGCCUGAGGCGAAUAAUUGUUUUAGUAUUUUUACACAAGUCUUUUGUGUUUUUUGGGACUGAAUUUAUUUUAAUUUUGAAUUAACUUAUUUCCUUAUCAGUAACUUCCACAAAAGAGCUAGCCGCCAUUUUAAAAAUUUCGGUUUUGUUAUAUUCACCUGUAGGUGAAUAUAACACCUUAAUAUGUCAAAUUUGACCAAUCAACUUGUAUGAUUUGUUAUGUUCAUUUGUGCAAAAAUACUAACAAUCUUUUUAUUCAUCAUAUAUCAUUACACUAUAUCGGUCUCAUAAAUCAAUUAUUAUUCUCGUAAAAUUUUUUUUAAUUUCAGUCAGGGUGGGAAAGGGUAUUUUCGUGAGCCGUGAAUGGUGAAUAUUUGUUCGUGUGAAAUGUGAAAUGCUUGAUUUUAGUGUCGUGAAAUGUGAUUUGUUCUACAGCCGUGAGGCGUGAUUGUUGAUAUGAAUGCUCCGUGAAACGAGAAUUAAGGAUGCCUGUUUCGUGAACUGUGAAUCAUGUUUAUUAUAAUAAUCACUAUAAUAAUAUAGUGAUUAUUAUAAUAAACAUGAUACGCGAUAAUUUAUAUGAUCUCACUCGAUUGCACAAGAGUAAAAACUUCGGAGGCCUUUCGCGAGGUUCCUGACGCUCAGGACAAGGUUCCUGGCGGUGAGGACAAGGUUCCUGACGCUCAGGACAAGGUUCCUUGCGGUGAGGACAAGGUUCCUGGCGGUGAGGACAAGGUUCCUGGAGGUGAGGACAAGGUUCCUGGCGGUGAGGACAAGGUUCCUGGCGGUGAGGACAAUGUUCAUGGCGGUGAGGGCAAGAUUACUGGCGGUGAGGACAAGGCUCCUGGCGCUGAGGACAAGGUUCCUGGCGGUGAGGACAAUGUUCCUGGCGGUCAGGACAAUGUUCCUGAUGGUGAGGACAAGGUUCCUGGCGGUGAGGACAAUGUUCCUGGCGCUGAGGACAAGGUUCCUGGCGGUGAGGACAAUGUUCCUGGCGGUCAGGACAAUGUUCCUGAUGGUGAGGACAAGGUUCCUGGCGGUGAGGACAAUGUUCCUGGCGCUGAGGACAAGGUUCCUGGCGGUGAGGACAAUGUUCCUGGCG